AUGGCGGCACAAAUCACAGCUCCGAUUCUACCCCUGCUUCCUCCCCCGUGCCGUCGCCCGCUCCCGAGCCUUGGGGAGCUAAAGCCGAUGGGGCCUUCUCGCACCAGAUCCCGUCGGCUCGUGGUCGCCUGCGCAGCCUCCGGCGGCGGUGGGCCGCCGGCGGAGAAGCCGCCCCAGGGACCCUCCCUGCCGCCGCUGUCGGAAAUACGUUGGGGGCAGCUGCUGGCGCCGUCCCCGGACAACGCUGCGGCCGUGGCGCUGACGGCCGCGCUGGUAUGGGCCGGCGCAACUCUGCUGCUGCAGCUGGUACUCAUCUCCGCCUCCAUCUUCGCCGCCGCCCUCAAGUACUCCUUCGUCGCCGCGCUCCUACUCUUCGUCCUCAUCGCGCUCCUGUGA